AUGCAACAGUUGAUAACGCAGCUUUCAUUAGAUCCUCAUCUCAUCCCUUUCUUUCGUGGCGGCAUUCUUGGACUUGGCUCGUCACAGUCAGCGCGAACAGCCAUGGCGGCGAUUACGCUAUCCCGCAAGGCGCUAAGCGGAGUAUUCUCGCGGUCCCACGCAGCCGUCCCAGCAGCAGCCACGUUGGCUCUGCACACGUCAUCACUGGUCGCUGACGCAAGCAUCCUUCGCAACGACACGUCACCACCAUUUCCAUCCACGUCACCCUCGUCGCCUCCACCAUGCCCCGCCCAAACCUCCCCCCACGUGUCACACCAAACCUAUCCUCGAACAUCCUUCCAAGCCGCAGCCACAGGCUCGUCAUCCCCUUCGCCAUCCUCGCUAUUGCAUCACCAUCAGCAACCGCUGCUGCAUUUUAUAACCAGAGGGGCUGCUACAGCUUUCCACAGCGCUACAGCUUUUAACAGCAGUACAGCUGGCGCAUUCGGAUCAAACGGUGCUAGGGGUUACAGCUCGGUGGAUAUCCACGGCACCACGGUGCUGUGCGUGCGGAAGGGGAACUCAGUGGUUAUUGCAGCAGACGGGCAGGUCACCAUGGGAGCGCAAAUCUUAAAGCCCAACGUGCGCAAGGUGCGACGGCUGGGAGAGAAGAAGUCAGUAAUCGCGGGGUUUGCAGGCACCACAGCGGAUGCAUUCACUCUCUUCGACCGCUUUGAGUCUCGGAUUGACGAAUACCCAGGGCAGCUUACUCGAGCAGCAGUGGAGCUGGCAAAGGCAUGGCGAACGGACAAGUACCUGAGGAAGCUGGAUGCCAUGCUAGUAGUGGCAGAUGCCAAGGUGUCGCUCACCAUCACGGGCAAUGGAGACGUGCUGGAGCCACAUGAUGGGAUCAUCGGCAUCGGUUCCGGAGGGCCCUAUGCGUUAGCAGCAGCACGAGCACUGGCAGACAUCCCGGACUUGACAGCUGAAGCCAUAGUGAAAAAGGCGAUGCGCAUAGCAGCAGACUGUUGCAUCUACACCAACGAGAAUGUAACCAUGGAGCAAAUCACCAUGGAGCAAAUCACCAUGGAGCAAAUCACCACGGAGGAUGAGCCAGCUUCUUCUUCGUAG